GGGCUCGGGCGCCGGCCGGGCUUGCGCAGCGCUCGGCUCCUCGCCGCUCCCGGUCGGCGGCGGGCGGCGGGCAGGGCGCGGCCGCGGGCGGGGCUGAGGCGCGCGGGCGGCAGGGGCGAGGCGAGGGCGGGCCGCGCCGGGCGGGGAGGGCGGCGGCGCCGAGGGGAGGAGACCGGCCCAUGGACCCGCGGGGCCCGGCGCCCCAGACUCUGCGCCGCCGGGACGGAGCCCAAGAUGUCGGCCUAGGCCGGGGCGCGACGACGCGGACGGGGCGACGACGAGGCGCCGUUGCUGCCGGGGCUCGCGGCCGCCGGGCUCCCGAGGGCUGGCCUUGACGGACUGGCCGAGCGGGCGGCGAGAGGCCGGCGUGUGGGGAGCGGGCCGCGCGGCACCAUGUCGGCCAAGGUGCGGCUCAAGAAGCUGGAGCAGCUGCUCCUGGACGGGCCCUGGCGCAACGAGAGCGCCCUGAGCGUGGAGACGCUGCUCGACGUGCUCGUCUGCCUGUACACCGAGUGCAGCCACUCGGCUCUGCGCCGCGACAAGUACGUGGCCGAGUUCCUCGAGUGGGCUAAACCAUUUACCCAGCUGGUGAAAGACAUGCAGCUUCAUCGAGAAGACUUUGAAAUAAUUAAAGUGAUUGGAAGAGGAGCUUUUGGUGAGGUUGCUGUUGUCAAAAUGAAGAACACUGAGCGAAUUUACGCAAUGAAAAUCCUCAACAAGUGGGAGAUGCUUAAAAGAGCAGAGACGGCUUGCUUCCGAGAGGAGCGUGACGUGCUGGUGAACGGCGACUGCCAGUGGAUCACCGCGCUGCACUACGCCUUCCAAGACGAGAAUUACCUGUACUUAGUCAUGGAUUACUACGUGGGCGGUGACUUACUGACCCUACUCAGUAAAUUUGAAGACAAGCUUCCGGAAGAUAUGGCAAGAUUCUACAUCGGGGAGAUGGUGCUGGCCAUCGACUCCAUCCACCAGCUCCAUUACGUGCACAGAGACAUUAAACCUGACAAUGUCCUUUUGGAUGUAAAUGGUCAUAUCCGCCUGGCCGACUUUGGAUCAUGUUUGAAGAUGAAUGAUGAUGGAACUGUUCAGUCCUCUGUGGCCGUGGGCACCCCCGACUACAUCUCACCGGAGAUUCUACAGGCAAUGGAGGACGGCAUGGGCAAGUACGGGCCCGAGUGUGACUGGUGGUCCCUGGGCGUCUGCAUGUAUGAGAUGCUCUACGGAGAAACACCGUUUUAUGCCGAGUCACUCGUGGAGACCUAUGGGAAGAUCAUGAACCAUGAAGAGCGAUUUCAGUUCCCAUCCCACGUCACGGAUGUAUCGGAAGAAGCAAAAGACCUCAUUCAAAGACUGAUCUGCAGCAGAGAACGCCGGCUGGGGCAGAAUGGAAUAGAGGAUUUCAAAAAGCAUGCAUUUUUUGAAGGUCUAAAUUGGGAAAAUAUACGAAACCUAGAAGCACCUUAUAUUCCUGACGUGAGCAGUCCUUCUGACACAUCCAACUUCGAUGUGGAUGACGAUGUGCUAAGAAACACUGAAAUAUUACCUCCUGGUUCUCACACAGGCUUCUCUGGAUUGCAUUUGCCAUUCAUUGGUUUCACAUUCACCACGGAAAGUUGUUUUUCUGAUCGAGGCUCUCUGAAGAGCAUAAUGCAGUCCAACACGUUAACCAAAGACGAGGACGUGCAGCGAGACCUGGAGAACAGCCUGCAGAUCGAAGCUUACGAAAGGAGGAUACGCAGGCUGGAGCAGGAGAAGCUGGAGCUCAGCAGGAAGCUGCAAGAGUCCACCCAGACCGUGCAGUCCCUUCACGGCUCCACGCGGGCCCUGGGCAAUUCAAACCGAGAUAAAGAAAUCAAAAAGCUAAAUGAAGAAAUCGAACGUUUGAAGAACAAAAUAGCGGAUUCAAGUAGGCUUGAGCGACAAUUUGAGGAUACAGUGGCACUUCGCCAGGAGCGAGAGGAUUCCACACAGCGGCUGAGGGGGCUGGAGAAGCAGUACCGCGUGGUGCGGCAGGAGAAGGAGGACCUGCACAAGCAAUUGGUUGAAGCUUCAGAGCGAUUGAAAUCUCAAGCCAAAGAACUCAAAGAUGCCCACCAGCAGCGAAAGCUGGCCCUGCAGGAGUUCUCAGAGCUCAACGAGCGCAUGGCGGAACUCCGCUCCCAGAAGCAGAAGGUGUCCCGGCAGCUCAGGGACAAAGAGGAGGAGAUGGAGGUGGCCAUGCAGAAAAUUGACUCAAUGCGGCAGGAAAUCCGCAAAUCCGAGAAGUUCAGGAAAGAGCUGGAAGCUCAGCUCGAGGACGCAGCUGCCGAGGCCUCAAAGGAGCGCAAGCUUCGCGAGCACAGCGAGAACUUCUCCAAGCAAAUAGAAAGUGAGCUUGAGGCCCUCAAGAUGAAGCAAGGAGGCCGGGGACCAGGUGCCACUUUAGAGCAUCAGCAAGAGAUUUCCAAAAUAAAAUCCGAACUUGAGAAGAAAGUCUUAUUUUAUGAAGAGGAAUUGGUCAGACGUGAGGCUUCCCACGUGCUAGAAGUGAAAAAUGUGAAGAAGGAGGUGCAUGACUCAGAAAGCCACCAGUUGGCCCUGCAGAAAGAAAUCUUAAUGUUAAAAGAUAAGUUAGAAAAGUCAAAACGAGAACGGCAUAACGAGAUGGAGGAGGCAGUGGGUACAGUAAAAGAUAAGUACGAGCGGGAACGAGCGCUGCUGUUUGAUGAGAACAAGAAGUUAACAGCUGAAAAUGAAAAGCUUUGUUCCUUUGUCGAUAAACUCACAGCUCAAAAUAGACAGCUGGAGGAUGAGCUGCAGGAUCUGGCCGCCAAGAAGGAGUCAGUUGCCCACUGGGAAGCUCAGAUUGCAGAGAUCAUUCAGUGGGUCAGUGACGAGAAAGAUGCCCGGGGUUACCUUCAAGCUCUUGCUUCUAAGAUGACUGAAGAGCUGGAGACUUUGAGGACUUCUAGUCUGGGAUCGAGAACUCUGGAUCCACUUUGGAAAGUUCGCCGCAGUCAGAAGCUGGACAUGUCUGCACGGCUGGAAUUGCAGUCUGCUCUUGAGGCAGAGAUCCGGGCCAAACAGCUUGUUCAGGAGGAGCUGAGGAAGGUCAAGGACACGAAUCUCACCUUCGAAAGUAAACUAAAGGAUUCUGAAGCCAAAAACAGAGAAUUAUUAGAAGAAAUGGAAAUUUUGAAGAAAAAGAUGGAAGAAAAAUUUAGAGCAGAUACUGGGCUCAAACUUCCAGAUUUCCAGGAUUCUAUUUUUGAGUAUUUCAACACUGCACCCCUUGCGCAUGAUCUGACAUUUAGAACUAGCUCAGCUAGUGAGCAGGAAACACAAGCUCCCAAGCCAGAAGUGUCCCCAUCGAUUUCCGUGGCUGCGAGCACAGAGCAGCAGGAGGACAUGGCCCGGCCCUCGCAGAGGCCGCCCGCUGUGCCGUUGCCCACCACGCAGGCCCUCGCUCUGGCUGGACCAAAGCCAAAGGCCCACCAGUUCAGCAUCAAGUCCUUCUCCAGCCCCACCCAGUGCAGCCACUGCACCUCCCUCAUGGUCGGGCUGAUCCGGCAGGGCUACGCCUGCGAGGUGUGUUCGUUUGCUUGCCACGUGUCCUGCAAAGACAGUGCUCCCCAGGUGUGCCCAAUACCUCCUGAGCAGUCGAAGAGGCCUCUGGGCGUGGACGUGCAGCGAGGCAUAGGAACGGCCUACAAAGGUUACGUCAAGGUCCCAAAGCCCACCGGGGUGAAGAAAGGCUGGCAGCGGGCGUACGCGGUUGUCUGCGACUGUAAGCUCUUCCUGUAUGACCUGCCCGAAGGAAAGUCCACCCAGCCUGGGGUCGUCGCAAGCCAAGUCUUGGAUCUCAGAGAUGAAGAGUUCUCAGUGAGCUCGGUCCUGGCCUCCGAUGUCAUUCAUGCUACACGCCGAGACAUUCCAUGUAUAUUCAGGGUGACAGCCUCUCUCUUAGGUGCACCUUCUAAGACCAGCUCACUGCUCAUUCUGACAGAAAAUGAGAAUGAAAAGAGGAAGUGGGUUGGCAUUCUAGAAGGACUCCAGUCCAUCCUGCAUAAAAACCGACUGAGGAAUCAGGUCGUGCAUGUUCCACAGGAAGCCUACGACAGCUCGCUGCCCCUCAUCAAGGCUGUCCUGACAGCCGCCAUCGUGGACGGAGACAGGAUUGCGGUUGGCUUAGAAGAAGGGCUCUACGUCAUAGAAGUCACCCGAGAUGUGAUUGUCCGCGCUGCUGACUGCAAGAAGGUGUACCAGAUCGAGCUCGUUCCCAAAGAGAAAAUCAUAGUCCUCCUCUGUGGCCGGAGCCACCACGUCCAUCUCUGUCCGUGGUCGUCCUUUGACGGAGCGGAAGGCAACUUUGAUAUCAAGCUUCCGGAAACAAAAGGCUGCCAGCUCAUUGCAACAGCAACGCUGAAGAAGAGCUCUGCAACCUGCUUAUUUGUCGCCGUGAAGCGGCUGAUCCUUUGCUACGAGAUCCAGAGAACUAAACCUUUCCACAGAAAGUUCAAUGAAAUUGUGGCCCCUGGAAACGUCCAGUGGAUGGCCGUGUUCAAGGACAAGCUCUGUGUUGGCUACCCUUCUGGGUUCUCUCUGUUGAGCAUCCAGGGAGAUGGGCAGUCUCUAAACCUGGUAAAUCCCAAUGACCCCUCGCUUACGUUCCUCUCACAACAGUCUUUUGAUGCCCUUUGUGCUGUGGAGCUCAAAAGUGAGGAGUACCUGCUUUGCUUCAGCCACAUGGGAUUGUACGUGGACCCGCAAGGCCGGAGGUCACGCACGCAGGAGCUCAUGUGGCCUGCGGCUCCUGUCGCCUGUAGUUGCAGCCCCUCCCACGUCACCGUGUACAGCGAGUAUGGCGUCGACGUCUUCGACGUGCGCACCAUGGAGUGGGUGCAGACCAUCGGCCUGCGGAGGAUAAGGCCGCUGAACUCUGAAGGCACCCUCAACCUCCUCAGCUGCGAGCCUCCGCGCCUCAUCUACUUCAAGAGCAAGUUCUCGGGAGCCAUCCUCAACGUGCCAGACACUUCUGACAACAGCAAGAAGCAGAUGCUUCGAACCAGAAGCAAAAGGCGAUUUGUCUUCAAGGUUCCGGAGGAGGAGAGAUUGCAGCAGCGACGAGAGAUGCUUAGAGACCCAGAAUUGAGAUCCAAGAUGAUAUCCAACCCCACCAACUUCAACCACGUGGCUCACAUGGGCCCGGGCGAUGGGAUGCAGGUGCUCAUGGACCUGCCUCUGAGCGCCGCGGCCCCCUCGCAGGAGGAAAGGCCCGGCCCGGCUCCCUCCGGCCUGUCCCGGCAGCCUCCGUCCAGGAACAAGCCCUACGUCUCGUGGCCCUCGUCAGGUGGAUCGGAGCCCGGGGUGACCGUGCCUCUGAGAAGUAUGUCUGAUCCCGACCAGGACUUUGACAAAGAGCCUGAUUCGGAUUCCACCAAACACUCAACUCCAUCGAACAGCUCCAACCCCAGCGGCCCGCCGAGCCCCAACUCCCCCCACAGGAGCCAGCUGCCCCUUGAAGGCCUGGAGCAGCCCACCUGCGACGCCUGAAGCCGCCUGCCCACCACCAUGGGGCCACGGAGCUGGGGACGGCCUCCAACGUCAGUGCCAAGACUGAGCUGACCCUCCAGUGUUGUCCAAGGAAAUGUAGAAUCCAUUUGUAGAUACGAAGAUGAAGAAAAAUCUUUAUUAUAAUAAUGAUCAGUUUUAUGCCGCAUUGUUCGUGGCAGUUAGAUCAGAUCCAUUCGUCUGCACAGCUGUGAGGUGACACUACUCCAUUUGCACAUGAAGGACCGCCACACAGCCCGUCUCCCACCCCUACCAUCCCGGCGCCAGCUCCCUCCGCAGAAACCCGUUAGAACGUGGCCUGCUUAGGAAGCAGACAGCUCGGGACGUGGCCUCAGUGAGUAGUCUUUCCGUUUCCUGGGACCUCAGGAAAGGAGCGGGAGGGUUGCGUAUCUUUCCCAGUGUCACUAGAAUUUUGUAGAGGAAAGUGGAGGUUAGUUUGUGGCCUUUUUACUCAUGUAGCCAUUGCAUAGUCAGCUGUAGAAGUCCUGCUGACACCUCAGUGUGGACAGAGGCCUGGGACCAAUGACACCCCACGUCCCCGAGUGUUAGUUCAUUCUGGGUCACAGCCAUGAAGUGUCACCAGUAUCUACUACUGUGAAGUCAGCUGUGCUGUUUUCCACUCACUUCCAUGGCGUCUGCCUCCUGCCACACAACUAGCAAGUGUCCUGGUACAGGCAGGCCCCGUGGCCCGCUGGGCUGAGGGGGCCAGAGCCGCAGGGUGCUACGCAGCAGGCACUGGGACGCCCACCCCGCCCCACCCAGCCCCGCCCCUGCAUGGAGCCCCAGUGAUUAGUAGCCCAUUUGGAUCAUGUAGAAUCACCCGGCACACUCCUGCACAGUGGCCCCGGCCACGGCGUGGUGACACCCUGCGAGUGUAUUUAACCUCACCCUUCCUUGUAUGUGUUGAGUGAUCGGGUCUGUGGCCCUGUCUAUUAAAGGCUUGUGAUUAACUGUGGCAGCAGAUACAGCUUGUCCUCAGCUCAGGGCCGGUUUCCUGCCCUUCACUGGUCGACUGCUUGGCAAGGCUGUUCGGGACACGCACUUCCCCAAGUCGGCACUGAGCGACCUGGCACUACCCGGCACCUCUGCCCGCCCCCGCCCUCCUGGGCCGUCUGCCGGGCGGGCACCUGCUGGGGGUUCUGGUUUUUACUUUUUUAAUGUAAGUCUGAGUCUUUGUAAUUAUUGAAUCGUGAGAACAUUUUUGAAUAAUUUACCUGUCAAUAAAGCAGACGACGACAGUUUUAAAGUU